AUGGCUGGUAAAGGGAAAACCCUUGGUUCCAUUAUUGAAAAAAACAGCAAGGCCGGUGUCCAAUUUCCAGUUGGUCGUAUCGACCGGUUCCUCAAAGAUGGAAAGUAUGCCAAACGUGUCGGUCUCGGAGCUCCGGUCUUCCUUGCUGCUGUGCUUGAGUACCUUGCAAUUGAGGUGCUUGGAUUGGCUGAAAACAAGGCGAGGAAUAACAAAAAGACGAGGAUCAUUCCAAGGCACAUUCAGUUGGCUGAGCCAGAAUUUAUAACAUCUCCAAGCAAUUUGCUGAGUUCAUCAUCAUUCCUUACAACCAACUGA